UCUUUGAGGUUCGAAGAGAAAGACAGCCCAGACCACUCGCAAGCGACGGAAAUAUUCCAGGGAUGACUUCGCAACGUGAAAAAGACAUGGAUUCGUUUACGACUGCGCUACUCUCUGUCGAUGCGAAACGACGGGGUAUCAUGAUUCGUCUGCCCAAACCUCCACCGCCGAAACGGCUGUUACUGCCUACCCUGGAAGAAUUCAUAUGCUCAGAACCUGGAGUACCGACUCGCCGCAAGGCGCCUCCACAAAGCACUGCUGCCGGCAAUUGCGACUCGCCGAUUUCGAACGAGCGUCAGCCCCACACGAAGAAACACCGCGGUGCAAGCGAGGCGGGGAGCCCUGGGGUUUCGCCCGCCAAGGCAGGCAAUGGCAAGAGUGUGAAGCGUCGAGCUGUGAAUGCGUUGAAGAAUGCUCUUCGGUGGUUCAAGUUGAAGAUGACGUUCGAUUAGUGGGCUUCAUUCUUCCACAUGCUCAAGAUGGCUCUUCCUUUAUGCUUGAUUUUACCGCUGUACAUGCAUCCGUUGACGGCCCCUUCCAAACCGUUCCUCCUAGUUUCAUAAUUUUCUCUCCUUGAUUCUCAUCCUCCUUGAUCUUACAAAAUCCAACUCGCUUUCCCUGUACAUACUUGCACAUUAUUCCUAUGCUCUGGAUUCCAUCGCGUCCUAAUUUUACUUGUACUGUCCGAUGCGCAUAUGCUGUCUCUGUAUUUUCUACUCACUUCUGUUGUGCAUUCUAUGCCUUCU